AGUAAGAACUUCAGAAAACAAGUAUUUUACUGGAUACAUUGGCCAUUUGCAUGCAUCAGAAGUUCUAUGAAACUUCUGUCCUCAAUGGAUACAAAAACUGCAUGUAUACAAUUUGUGUCCGUGUUCAGAGUAUUACCCUUCUUCCUAGAAUUCAACUUAAUUGGUAUCUUUAAGAAAUAGACAUUAUCUAGCAUAUAUUGGUAAAGUAGUACAUAUGUAACAUUUCUAAAAGGAAUACUGCACUAAUACCACUGGCACAUUUUAGAAAAUACAAAGCAAGUAUUUAACUUAAUUUAAAAAUGUUUAAAGUUUAAAAGUAUCAGAUUGUAAAGUCUUACAUACUUUUUGCCAAACAGUAAGUUGGAUCCAUGUGUUCAUAGACACAUAGACUGUAUUUGAAAUAGACUGAAUUUUCUAUAUAAAUAUGACGCAUAAAAACUAAAGUUUAUAUUGAUACAGUGCAAAUACUAAAUUGCUAACUCGUGUCUAUUGCUUACAAUUCACAGCUCGCUCAAUUUUACAACAGUGCACUUCUAUGAAUGUUCAUUCAGUUGCCUCACAAUACUCAAUGGAGCUUACUCCCUGAAUCAACUCACAUAAAAUAAAUGACUGGAAUAAAUGUAGCUGCAGUCUUAAUCCAGGAUGCUUCAUCAGCAGACAUUAGGAAAGCAUAUCGCAAGCUUUCGUUAAUAUUACACCCAGACAAGAAUAAAGAUGAAAAUGCAGAAACACAGUUUAGACAAUUGGUGGCCAUAUAUGAAGUUUUAAAAGAUGAAGAGAGAAGGCAGAGGUAUGAUGAUAUUCUCAUCAAUGGGCUACCAGAUUGGCGUCAGCCUGUAUUUUAUUACAGGCGAGUGAGGAAAAUGAGCAAUGCCGAGUUGGCAUUGCUGUUGUUCAUUAUCCUCACUGUGGGUCAUUAUGCUGUGGUUUGGUCAAUCUACCUUGAAAAACAACUGGAUGAAUUGCUUAGCCGGAAGAAGAGGGAAAAGAAGAAAAAAGCAGGAGGGAAGAAUGUAGAAGAAACAAAACUUGGUAUUGACAAGAGUGAAAGAUUGCUAGAGAAGCCACAGUGGCGGGACCUGCUUCCUUGCAAGCUGGGAAUCUGGUUCUGUCUAACAGUAAAAUCUUUGCCACAGCUGUUUCAGGAGGCCAGACAACUGUAUGCAGAAUAUAAAGAAACAAAAAUGAAGGAGAAAGAAGAGGCUUUAGCUAGAAUUGAAUUGGAAACACUUCAGAAGGAGAAGAAACCUAAAGUCAAGAAAGCAAAAUCUGAAUUUCCUGUAUACACAAUGGCAGAUACAAAUGCAUACAUACCAUCAUAUGAUCAUGGUACUUCUAUCGAAGAGAUUGAAGAACAGAUGGAUGAUUGGUUAGAAGAUAGGAAAACAUCAUUAAAAAAGAAGGCACCUGAAUGGACGGAAGAGGACCUUAGCCAACUGACAAGAAGUAUGGUUAAGUUCCCAGGAGGGACGCCUGGUCGAUGGGAAAAGAUUGCUCACGAAUUGGGUCGAUCAGUGGCAGAUGUUAUAACGAAGGCCAAACAGAUUAAAGAUUCAGUUACAUGUGUGCCAGGUACUGUUAGGUUGUCAGAGCUGAAAAUGUUGGCCCAAAAUGCAAGAUCAAACAAAGCCAGUGUUAACUUAUCAGAUCAUAUAAUCACUCAGCGAGAAAAAGAGGAGGAGGAUGAAGAGGAGGAAGGAGAUGAAAUUGUAAAGUAUAGCAGUGACAGAGAACCAAAAGAUAUGGCAACAGCAGAUCAACAUGAGACAUUAUUGACUGAAGCCAGACACCGCAAGCGGAAAACAGUUCCAAAGGCCUUGGAAACAAUACUUCCAGUAACAAAAGAUGCAACAGAAAGAGGAGAUAAGUGUAGAGGAAAGCGACAAAAAGACUUUGACACAGUAAAACAAGAGGAGCAGAGUGAUGAUGAGACCAGGAAAAGAGAGAAGUGUCGCAGUUCAGAAGACUUGUGGACUCAGAAUCAGCAGAAGCUUCUGGAACUAGCAUUACAGCAGUAUCCAAAAGGAACAGGAGAGCGCUGGGAUAAGAUUGCAAAAUAUGUUCCGGGGAAAAGUAAGGAAGAAUGUAUGGCUAGAUAUAAAUUGCUGGUUGAACUUGUCCAGAAGAAAAAAUCUGCAAAAAGCUGAAUGUCCUGAAGAAUGUUACUUAUCAGAAUGGAAUAUUUUAAACAACAUAUGCCGUAACUUGUAUUUUUUUACCUCAGUAUUUCAGUAUGUCAUGUGCCUUAGUAAAUAAAUACAUUUUAUGCCUUCCUGUAA